CCCGCACGCACGCACCCCGUCCUGCGCCAUCUGCACCUCUCGAAGAAUAUCAUGCCAUGCUCUGCCCAUCGUCAGAGCCAUAGCCGGCUUGCCGUUCACCACCGCCCUCGCGCCCGCUGAAUAGCCGCAGCCCGGCACAAGACCCUUGCUCAAGGGUCCUGCGCAGACCCCGAGCUGGUCUAGUGCUCAGAGAAUGAUUUGGUACCUCCUCUAUCCCUUCAGAGGUACGACCGAAGCGCCCGUCCUCUCGCCGGCCCAUCCGCUUCAUGCGGCUUUCACUCGCUAUGGCAGAUAUGUCGCCCGUCAUGUCGUCUCCAUCCUGUUGAUAUCAGUCGCCGUCGCGGCGGUGCUGAUAUACCCCAUCUUUUUCCUCUACACAAACGACUACACCAACGGCGCUUCGAACCUGCCGCACCAUGUCUGGACCGAUGCGCAUCCACUUCAAGGGAAGGCCUCCGUGCAGCCAGACGUCUUCAUGCGGUCGAUAUGGGUCCACGGCAGUUAUAUGCAAGCUUUGGAGAAGGAUGUGCUGCUCGGGGCGCUUGAAUUACAGAACGAGCUUCUGGGCACGACCGAGCACUUCAACCCACGACUAGGUGCAGACGUCAUUGAGCGACCGGAUCCAAUGGCUGCUUCACUAACGCCUCUGCAACGCGACUCGUUCCACAUCGUCAAUGGGCUGACGAACCAAUCAUGGUUCUUUCACUCGCCUUUGCAGUACUGGUCAGGAGUGGCACAGAACGUGCAGGACGACCGUGAUAUCGUUACGACUGUGAACGAGAGGAAAACCCAGGCGACCUCGGUCAACGUAACACUGAGGCACUCAAUUGUCUUUGCUGGCAAGCGCUUCGAGGACCGCCGGUUGGUCGCGGCAGAUGCGCUUGUCAUAACCCUCAUUCAUCUGCGAGAUUCACCUAUUGCUCGUAUCUGGCAGCAACAGGCCGCCGCCAUCACAAAGCGGUUGGCCACCAAGUGGCAUGUCUAUCCUGGCAGCGAGGCCGGCCAGCUCUACGAAUUCCAGUUCCGGCCGAUGUCGUUACAAGACACCGUGAUGCUGGGCAUCACACAUGUCAUCGUGCUCAUCUACUUCCUCGUCAGUCUGUCGAAACUCCGUGCCGUCAAGUCGAGAAUUGGCCUGAUGGUCACAGUCAUUGCCCAGAUUGUACUUGCCAUCGUCUCAAGCUUUACCGUUUGUGCGGUAUUCAAGAUUGACCUGUCCAGGAUACCUCGCAUGGCGUAUCCCGUCGUCGUAUUCUCUAUCAGCCUGGAGAAUAUAUUCAGACUCAUCAACGCUGUCAUCAUGACCCCUUCUGAGGACAGCACCAGCGCCCGCAUUGGUCACGCUUUCGGCGAAACGAGCCACGUCGCUCUUGCCAGCGUCAUACAGAACUUGCUCAUUCUUUGGGGUCUCUCCCAGAUCGUAUCACCAGGAGUGUCAGCUUUUUGCACCUUUGCUGCGAUCGCGCUGAUCUUUGACUUUUUUUAUCUAUCGACCUUCUUCCUUGCGGUUCUUAGUGUGGAUGUGCGGCGUACGGAACUCAGUGAUGCACUUGCAAAGGCCUCGAUACAGACACGUCGACAAUCGGUCGAUGCUCAGCCUCGCCAAAAUUGGUUCGAUGCUCUUUUGCAGGGCAAGAUUGCCAUGUCGACUCGCAUCGCGGGCACUGUCGUUAUGAUUGGCUUCGUCUUGAUCGCACAGUGGCACUUCUUCGAGAACGAAUCCAUCCUCCAAACGCUUGGUCGCAUCAGCCGUUUUUCUUCCAAGUACCAAGAUUCCGUCCUGUCGAAGUCUUCCUUACAUGUCGACAUCCACCAGGCGAGAAGCCCAACAUCAUGGCUGCGGCUACAGGACCACGAGACCGCUCGCGAGGUUAUUCACGUGGUGAAACCGCACGCACACAGUUAUAUUGCCAAGGUCUACGAGCCACUGGUCUUUGUGCUGAAGGGCUCCGAUCGCAUGCCUUCUAUCAAAGAGCGCCCCUUCCCCCCAGCCGUCUACGAUUUCGCACGCCACCAAUCCUCGCCCUUUGUCGCCACAGUCUUGCUACUCACUGCUGCUGUUCGCUUGCUCAUGAACUAUCUGCUCUUCGACGAGCUAGCAGAAAACGGAACCGAUGUCAAGGAAUAUGACAGACUGCUUCAUGUUCGGACUCUUGAUCGCGGCCACGUCCUGGAUGUUGCUCUGCUGACCGCAUCGACCGAUGGCCUAAUUGUUUCAAUGGGGCUCGACCGGGCGAUACGGGUGUGGGAUGUCAAGGAGGGUGGCACAAGCUAUCCCCUCUUGCUUGAGAAUAACGAUACUGCAGGACUACCUUUUCAAGUCUUGUCCAUGUGCAUAGAUGACGAGUCUCAUUGGCUAGCUCUGCUCACCCCGACUCGAGUUCUUUUGUGGAAUCUAGUCGAUAAGACCUGGGCGUUACCGCUCGACCUUGACGAUUGCAGACACAAGCCAGAAGCGUUCUUCUUCUGCACGACUGAGACUGACGGGAUUCCGCCCCUGCUUCUGAUCCGCCGAGAUGGGUCUUUAACCAUUCUGGUAGGCGAGCAAGCGAUCUCAGGCCGUUUCAUGUUGACAGAGGACAGCACGUUAGCGUCUGUCGCCACCCUGGUCGACGACAACGUGCUGUACCUUAUGAUGUCAACUCGGAAGGGCCAUCUCUAUAGCGCUCGCAAGUCGGGAUCGCAGUGGGUCUCGCAGCGCAUCAAUUUGCCACCAGGUAAUGAACAAGAGCUGCUAUCAAUUACUCCGCUGUCGGACGCCACGGCAUUCUUUGUCGCCAGGUCGCGAUCAGCAGACCUAGUACAUGCGAAGACGAAUGUGGCCAUCCAUUCAUUCAAGCUCGAUCCGGUCUAUCCCAAAUCACUCAAGAGCUAUUUCCCACGCGCGAGGAGGACAGCGUGUGGCGCGAGGGGAUUGACCAGUCUCACUGUGGCGUAUAUACACGCCUAUACGCGAGACCUCGUUGUGCAUACAUAUUUACCACCACGAGACGGCGACCUUCUCUGCAUCAAGGCUACUCAACCCUCUGCAGAAAGUCAGUGUUGUAAUUGGGAUCUAGUCCGGGAGUCGAGAAAACUCGUCAAGGACCCUGGUAUAUGGGACCUGUUGCCCUCAGGUCUACUCGCUGGCGUUCGCCGGCAAGCACCCACGAAACCAUGCCCCGGGCAGCACAGCUACCGAGGCGGCGCGGACGGUCUACGGCGGAGACGCGGCAGCCUCCACCAACCCCCGGGCCAUCCCCCAGUACAAGACAAGUGGGAAGUUUGGGCGCUCUCCUACCUCGGAAGACAGGAGUUGGCGGAGACGGCAUCCCUCUGCUCAGAUGACGAAGACGACAGCCGCCUUUUUGUCACAAACCUGGGGCCGGUUGCCCGCGUUGGCAGCCAGAGCAUUGCCAUCGGCCUCGGCACCGCUAUCAAGGUGAUCUCCGUCGGCCAGGAGCGUUUCCAGCAAAACGACGUGAGCACUUUCGGCGACGGGAUGGUUUCGGUGAAUGGACGUCGGAGGAGAGCAGCGGUGGGAGGAGUCGCAGGCUCACGCACACGAACCACCAUUGCAGCCGAGGCCUUGUUUCGCUCUGCCUGACCUGAAAUGUACGACCACCCUUUAUUUAGACUAGAAUCUGGUCCCUUUGCUUCUUGCUCAUACGGACCCACCGCACAUGUUAUACGUUAUAUACCCAAUAUAUUCACGAUGCACGAAGUCAUGUAUGCAUAGUCCACUUUUCCUCCUCAUCUUGCUGCAGCUAGCCGUUGCCCA